CUUCCUUGAUAUCGCAUGUUUCUUCAUUGGAAGAGGAAGAAUCAACCCGUACUAUAUGUGGAAAGCUUCCAACUAUUUCCCAAAAAGUGAACUAUUUGUACUUACUCAAAUGUCUUUGAUAAAGAUAGAUGAAAAUGAUAUACUACGGAUGCAUGAUCAACUUAGAGAUUUUGGAAGAGAAAUUGUUCAACGUGAAGAUGAUAAUUUUCCAGGGAAGCGUAGCAGGUUGUGGGAGCCCAAGAUUGCCUUUGACAUGUUUCGGAUGAAAGAGGGAACGGACAAAGUCAUAGCACUCAGAUUAACAAGACUCUCCGAAGAGCACAAGUUCGUGAGUGAAGAAUUUUCAAAGAUGCCCAAUCUAAGAUAUUUGGAAUUAGAGGGCGGAAACUUGGUAGGGGACUUUAACAAUCUUCUCUCCAAAUUAACAUGGCUCUCUUGGAGUCAUUGCCCUUUGGAACUAAACGCGACGAAUUUAUGUCUCGAGAAAUUAGCCGUGCUCAAGGUUUCGGGGAUUAACAUUACUAAAGAUUGGGCCGGAUGGGCGCCAUGCUUGGUGAGCAAGAACUUGAAAGUUAUAGAAAUUAAUUCUUGCCCAAGCUUAAAAAGGACUCCCGACUUCUCAAAAUGCUUGAAUUUGAAGAGAUUGGCUAUUGCAUUGUGUUCAAACUUGCUAGUGGUUGAUGACUCUCUAUCUAAACUAGAGCACCCGAAGCACUUGAAAAUCAUCUCUUGGGAUACCUUGAAGUGGGACGGUUGCAACCUUUUUCCACUAUCUUUUGUAUUUGAUAGUCUAAAAUCCUUGUCAAUGCUAGAAAUAGACGGGAUGCAACUUCGAAAACUUCAUCAUUCAAUUGGAGAGAUGACGCGUAUGGAGGAUUUGUCUUUAGAUAAUUGUUCUUUGCUUAGAACACUUCCAGGCUCCAUCGGAGAUCUUACAUUGUUGAGGAGGAUGAGUCUUUCUAAAACUCCGAUAAAGAAGCUACCAAACUCAAUAGGAGGAUUAGAGUCUUUGCUUGAGCUAUAUUUGAGCGACACAAAAAUCAGAAAAAUACCCGCUUCUAUUGAGAGUCUUAAAAAGUUGAGGAAGAUAAGUCUUUUUGAAACUCCGAUAGAGAAGCUACCGAACUCAAUAGGAGGAUUAGAGUCUUUGUUGGAGCUAUAUAUUGAUGACACAAAAAUAAGAGAAUUACCUGCUUCUAUUGGGAACCUCAAAAAAUUGAGGAAGAUGAGUAUCUGUUGGACUCCUCUAAAGAAGCUACCGAACCAAAUAGGAGGGCUAGAGUCUUUGCUUGAGCUAAAUCUGAGAGAAACACGUAUCACAAAAUUACCUGUUUCUAUUAAAAAUCUCAAAUGGUUGGAGAUUUUAUGUUUGGACUUUAGUGCAAUUAGAAAGCUACCAAAUGCCACAUGGAAGCUAGAGAAUCUUAAAGCUUUGCAUGCAAGUUUCUGCAAAAAUCUAAAGGGGGAGAUUCCCCGUGAAAUUGGGGGUCUAUCCUUUUUUAUGACACUAGAGCUAUCAGGAAGCAAGAUUACAAGAUUGCCUGCAACUAUGAAUAAGCUUUCUAAUCUCCAACAACUUCAUUUGGAUCAAUGUGAUGAGCUUGAACAGUUACCAAAGCUCCCUGUGAAUUUGAAGGAGUUAAAGUUCUCAUCUCGUUUAUUAUGGACAACCCUUGACCUCUCAUACCUAGCUAAUUUAGUCGGUCUUCAUAUAUGGGGCGGCACUCCUAGGUUGUCAGAAUAUGGACAAGGAGCUCCAAAUAUAGAGUGGAUCGAGAGGCUAUCUCAUCUGGAGAUAUUGACACUUGUUGUUAGAGAGGUUACAUUUCCUCCAAUUAAUUUGGCAACUGUUUUUCGGCUUCAGAUUCUUGAGAUAACUUGUGUGGACCCGCAAUCUGUGGUGGGGCUUCCACCCAGUCUUCGAGGAUUGACUCUACAUGAUGUGAAGUCACCCAUGGGAAGGUCACUCUUUUUAAACUUGACAAAUCUGUCCAGUUUACGCCUUCGUAAUUGUCAGCUGAGGGAAGUCAAUUUGGAUGAUUUGCUUGGACAGCAACCGGAGAAACUCCAUCGUUUGGAUUUGACGGAUAGUGCAAAGCUUGAAAGGCUUCUAAUUUCGAGAUUACAGGGGCUCCAAGAGUUGAGUGUGACCAAUUGCCCUGGGCUAAUGGAGACUCAAGGUCUGGAGAAAUAAAAAUCAUUAAAGGAAUUGUCUAUUAACGGAUGCAGUUCCUUAGAAUGGUUGCCUGAUUCAUCAAAAUUUAAGAAGCUGCAGAGAUUGGAUUGCCCACAUUGUCCACCGGAACAGAUGCCUGAUCAUGACAUUGAAGACCUGUGUGACUUGGUCAUUGGAGGACGCCGCAUUUCUUAUACCUUUUCUGGCCUUUACAAAGUUCAGCUCUGUCAUAAGCAUUUGCGUGAUGACUCAUCACUGAUGAGUGAGCCUUAGAGUAGUAGUUUGCUCCUAUUUUUGAAUGCAAAUCAAUGCAAAUUGGAAGUUCUAACGGUGGCGGCGGAGCAUUGAGUCAAUUCAUGAGCCAUGAUUGUAACAUUUCAUGCAAGCAUCAGCGAUGAGCAACCCUCUAUACCUCACGAAGAAAUCCUGCCUGGAGAUUAUUUUGCUGUUCAACAUUGAGGGCCUGAUGAUUGUGGGUUUUUUGAAUAGAUUGAUCUUGAUCUGACAAUUCAGGAGAAAUAAGUGAUUUGCCAACUGAUGAAUGAUAAUGAGACAUUGAAGGAGAUGGUGCAAAAUGUGGAGAAUCAAUUGAAUUAUGGCUUACAGAAUGAAAUCAUGAGAUGCAAGCGAAGAAGAAGACAUAUGUUAGAUAUACUUGUAUUGAUAGGAGCUUUGAUAGGAGGUUGCAACAUCGCUUGCCGUGAGGUUUAUUUUCUGAGAAUUUUUUUAAUUAUAUAUAUAUAUAUUUGGCACCGUAUUAGUCAGCCAUUUUAGAGUUGGCGUUGUGGGAGGGGGAAAGAUGGGCUGUUUUUGUUAACGUUAUUCUGGAAAUACAAAUUGUUUAGCUCAUGUUCCUGGGAACAUGCUGUCAAUGAACAUGACCGCCAGCAUCUUCCUCA